UGGCAACGUUCCAAACAUUGAGUCGGGCCUAAGGAAAAAAUCUUUUCUUGCGCCCUAUGACAUCGAACCUUAAAAGAAGCCAAGAGAAGUCAUUGGAGACAUUGAUUUCUUCUCUCCUGUAGAUACUCGUUUCAAUCAGUAUUUGUAUCACGCAUCGUCCGCAGCCUGCAGACUUCAGAGACCUGCCCCGAUCUCGCACCCAAGAAAAGCGCACGAGUGUUUCGUGACUCACACCACACGGUUUAUAAUUCCGUACCCACGCCAGAUCUUCAUUCCUCAAACAUAAGUUCAGACACUUGAAUUGUACAAACAUCCAUCAUGGGUUCCGUUGCACACUCUGUGGCAGAGCUUGAUGCCUCUGUGGUCAAGAUCACUCGGACGACAAAUCUCCGCCCAGUUCCUGAACCGGGCUCGCCCGAGGAACUGAGCCAUUCGCACUGUACUGACCAUAUGGUCACUGCCCGGUGGACCGUGGCCAAUGGCUGGGAAACCCCCGAAGUGAAGCCCUUUGAGAACCUGAGCAUUCCUCCCACAGCGUCUUGCCUGCACUAUGCCACCGAGUGCUUUGAGGGGAUGAAGGUGUACAGAGGAUUCGAUGGCAAACUGCGUUUGUUCCGCCCGGAUUGCAACGGGGAAAGAUUGCUCAUGAGUGCUCAGAGAACCUCUUUGCCCAGCUUCCGGUAUGAGGAGCUGAAGGUUCUCAUCGCUAAGUUGAUGCAGAUCGAUGGACCCCGUUGGCUCCCCAAGGACCAACCCGGUCGUUUCCUCUAUCUCCGUCCCACAUUGAUCGGCAGCGGCCCUCAUCUGGGUGUUCAGACUCCCAAGGAAGCCCUUCUUUUCAUCAUCGCCGUGCCAUGGCCUGACCCGUCCAAGUUGAAGAAGCCCGAAGAAGGCACCAAACCCGGAUUGAAGCUUCUUGCCUCUUCACCCGAUACUAUCCGUGCCUGGCCAGGUGGCUUCGGCUAUGCAAAGCUCGGAGCGAACUACGGUCCUUCGUUGGUCGCACACGGUAAAGCUCAAGCUACUGGCUUUGAUCAGAUUCUUUGGCUGUUUGGUCAGGACCGUCAAGUGACUGAGGCCGGUGCUAGUAACUUCUUCAUUGUUUGGGAGAACAAGGAAACAGGAAAGAUCGAGCUUGUCACCGCACCCCUGGACAACCAGUUGAUCCUUCCAGGUGUUACUCGCCGUAGUGUUCUCCAACUUGCACGCUCAGAGCUGUCAAAGCCUACUGGCUCCCUUGCCCCGGUUGAGGUUGUUGAAAGGGACUUCACUAUUGGCGAGGUCGAACAGGCUUGGAAGGAGGGCCGCAUCAUCGAAGCUUUCGUUUGUGGCACUGCCUUCUUUGUUACGCCAGUUAGGCUUAUCCGGAAUGGUGACGUCGAUAUGGACAUGCUGGAAGCUGGUGCAGCCCGUGCAGGAUAUGCAGCCCAGAUCAAGUCUUGGUUGGAGGCCAUCAUGUACGGCAAGGAUGGCAAGGAGAAUGAUGAAUGGUCUUACAUCAUUGAGGGAGAGAGUGAAAAAUAAGGGAGAAUAAAAAGUUCUGAUGAUGAAUACGGUAAUGAGAGGUUGAGGUGGGGUUGGUUGCAUUGUACAUAACCUGAUGGCCUGCAUGUCACGGGGUCAAAGCUCCUUGCAUAGAUCAUAGAUUUCAAU